GAAGUGUAAACGGUCUGUUUGUUAGAUUAUUUUGUUAAAAAUUAAAAAGUUGAUUAAAUACCCUAAAAAUAUUACAAAAAAGUCUUCGAAAACACGUUAUUUAUACUAAAAUAUUUUCAAAAAUAUACCGGAUAGAAAGCAUCCUUGCGUUUAAAAUAAUUUAAAGAAAUCUAAAUAGAUAAAAAUAAAUCAAAUCUAUUUGAUCAAAAUUAUUUAUAUAAAAUUAAGAAACUAUUUUAGAGGAAGUUUUUUCUGAAUUCUAAUCCACAUGAUGAAGACAGGAUUUGCCAUACCUGAGCCAUAUAUCUGGGAUGAGAGUUUCAGAGUUUUUUACGACACACUCGACGAACAGCAUAAAAAUUUGUUCCAUGUUAUAUUUUCACUGGCUAAAUCACCCGAUGACCCGAUAGUCUUAAAGCAUUUGGUUAAAACCAUAGAUGAGCAUUUUGAUCACGAAGAGGGCCUGCUAAGAAAAGCCAAUUAUGCAGACUAUGAUGUUCACCAUCAGGAGCACCUGAAUUUUCAGAAGGCCCUCAAAAAAGUUAGGACUCCAGUCUCGGAUGAGCAGAUCACGUGGGCCAAGGACUGGCUUGUCAACCAUAUAAAGGGGACUGACUUUCAGUAUAAAGGAAAGCUCUAAUAUAAUUUAUAAUGUUGUGUUGUUAAAUACAUUUUAUAUAUAUGUAUAUGUGUGCGUGUUUGUGUGUGUAUGUUUGUGUGUGUGUGUGCGCUUGUCUGCAAUUUAGUUAUCUAUUAACAUGUAAACAAGUUUGAAUGAAUGAAUGAUUGAUUGAAUGAAUGAAUGAAUGAAUGAAAGAAUGAAUAAAAGAAUGAAUGAUAAAAGUGAACAACGUAACGAACCAGACACUUAGGAUAUUCUACUUUAAGAUUUACUAAAGCGUGCUCGUUAAUAUAAACUUGACUAUUAUUCUAAAACAUAUCAUUCAUGCUAUAAUAUUCAUCAUUAUAAGUUUUCCUUUUAUUCAUUUAUUUAUAAAUCGUUGAAAAAUAAUUAAAAUAAUUGUAACGAAUUGUUGAUAUUACGCAUUUUAUUAACAUUUUAUAUUUUCUAAAAUUUCUUGACUGUAAAAUUCCAAAUAAUAAAAUUGUAAAUUCUU